CAGCGUCAUGUCUGCUCCGCCUGCACUCAGUCCGGAUCAGUCCUUCUGCAGCUCGGACACCGGGGACGUCCUAAUCCGCUCCACCCGAGUCCUCCACCCGGACCGGACCGGUCCCGGAGGCGGACCGGGACCCGGAUCCGUCCAGAUAACCGUCCGAAAAUUGCGGGACUUUCCUCCUCCUCCUCCUCCUCUGACCGAACUGAGACAGAAUAAGCAGCGGCGGCGGAGUCCCAGACAGAACCCGGAUAUCGCUGCUCCACAUCGGUCAGCAGCGUACUUAAAGCCCCGUAAGACCACCGGAGGAGGAGACCGAAAACUCGCUGAGGCGAUGGACACAGGUGACGACGUCCUGACGUCACGCUUUGCGUCUGGGGGUCGGGGAGUCGUGCUGGCGGCUUUGAAGCAGCGCUAUCACAGCGCCCCCCGCAGGAGAGAGGUCAGAGUUCACUUCUUGGACCCGAUGCCGCUCCACUCUGUGGGAAACCUUCCGGACGCCCCUGCUCUGAGCUCCCGGGAUGCAGCGAAGGAUGCUGGGGUCCAGAUGGAGACGCCGCUGUCCUCUGGUGACCUGGGAGAUGCCAGUAGCACAGCCGCCGCCGCUGCCGCUGCAGCUUUGGCAGCAGCUGCUCCUCUCUUCAAGGCUCAGUCUGAUAUGGAGGCUCGAGUGGCUCAGCUGGCUGACGGCAUCCAGAAGCUGCUGCAAGCUGACAGGGAGGGUGGGGACAGAGGGCGGAGCAUGAGCCAGCAGACACUGCAGCACCUGGAGAAGCUGCAGUGCCAGCAGGUGCAGCUGCAGAGCCAGCUGCUGGAAUCAGCCCUCAGGAUAGCGAGCGGCCAUGCUUCAGACCCGCCGACGCACCUGCCCGUCACACACCUGGAUGCUGCAGCAGCAAACAGCGCCCAGCCACCGAGCUCCUCGCCAAACGUAGCUCUCCCUGCUGCCCCAGUUACCAUGGAAACGCAUCGCCUUGACCGAUGGACAGAUCAAACCAGACAUGCUCACAUGCCUGAAAGGUCUCAGCUCCAGUCUUUAGCCAAUCACAGCUGGGAGGCAGCGAGGAGAGCCAAUGACGUACUGCAGGAGAUGAAGCGUCUGAAGACAGAGAUGAAGAUGCUGCUGACGCAGCCAGAAGACCCUCUGAAAACCAGCAGACCUGCACCGAAGCACCAGCAAUCCCAGCAAACCCAGACCCAGUCCCAGCAAACCCAGUCCCAACAAACCCAGUCCCAACCAACCCAGUCCCAACAAACCCAGUCCCAACAAACCCAGCCCCAGCAAACCCAGUCCCAACAAACCCAGUCCCAACCAACCCAGUCCCAGCAAACCCAGUCCCAACAAACCACCUCAAAGGAAAAUCACUUGAGGUCCCAAUCUUCCCACCUCCAACAAAACUUAUCCCAUGAAAACAGCUUACAGUCCCAGCAAAACCAGUCCAGACUACUCCAGCCCCAUAAAACCACUGAUGAAGAACAUAACCUCUGGUCCCAGCAGUCCCAGUCUGUGCUGGUCCAGAGGAGGUCCGCGGUCCCGUCCCUGCUGGAGGAGGCGGGUCAGGUUCUCCGUCAGGUUCGAAAGCAGAAGAAAGUUCUGGAGGAGAACCUGGAGGCUCUGCUGAGAGCCCGAACCGGAGAGGUCCUGCACUGCCAGCUGGAGGCGCUAGCUGCUAACAGAGACCACAGCGAGGAGGUCCGCAUCAAGAAGACAGUGGACGCCUGGAUCAGCAGGUUAAGCAGAGACAUCCAGGCUGAGAUGUCCUCAGGGAACAUCAGCAACCAUCACUCAGCUGUGGACGCUGAUAGCUCCGCCCACUCAGGGAAGGAGAGGCCAGUGGGCGCGCUCAGAGGGACAGGAAGUACGAGGACAGAGAGGAGAGGAAGCAGAGGCCAGAGAGCCGGAAUCAGAGCGGGGGUGGAGCCUAACCGAGCCACAGGUGGAGCAGCUGAGCGUCAUCAGUUGGACGUGGACGGAGAGUCGUACCUGACCCGGGUGUAUGGCCGGGCGCCGUAUGAAGGUCUGAGACGGACCCUGAAGAAGAGUCCGUACCUUCGCCUCAGCUCACCUGCCUCACCACUCGGAAGGAAGCCCCGCCCCCGACUAGUGGAGAGCGUCCGAGGUGUGAAGCUGAAGUCCUCCAAGACUCAGACCAGCCUGGCCCCACCCCUCACUCAGCCCCAACCAAUCAUUUCAGCCCCUCCCUUUGCUUCCUCCUCACCUGGACGAUCUCACGUUUUCAGCUCAUCACACCUGACCUCAGGUCACCUUGAUGACCUCAGCAUGACCCCUGCAAACAGCUGCCCUGUCGCCAUAGCGAUCCCACUGGGUCCACCCCGGAUGGACUCCAGGUGUGAGCAUCCUCAGGAAGUGACAUCAGCGCUCGCUGCCCCUCCAACAGCCUCUGUGGGCGAUGAAGCACCUGACCAGCAACACCUGGAGGCAGAAGAAGCUCCUCCCCCUCCCCGUCCUCCAUCACACAUGAUUGACAUCAUCGAAGGGAACGAGGAAGAAGUGGAAGAGGACGACGUCUUCCCUGGAACUGACUUCCUGUCUGUUAUUGAUGUUGUGCAGCAGGAGGUCAGUGUGUCGGGUGAGGAGGCCGUGGAGCUGGACGGGGGUCCGUCUCCCCCUCCGGUCCUCUACCAGGGUCCCGUCUUCCCUCCCCAAGCUCCCUCUGACCUCCCAGCCCAGGAUCAGGUCCCCGUCCUGGGCACGGCCCUGCAGCGGGACGUCCUGGAGAGCCGGCUGGUGGAAUGGGUGGAGCAGCAGCUGAUGUCCAGGAUGAUCUCAGAGCUGUACCGGCCCCCGCCUUCUGACCCCGCCCAAAAUAGCGACGUGGACCAGUCAGAUCCCGAGGAGCGCAGCACCACCUCAGACAUUGUGGAGGCAGCAGGAGACGCAGGCCUGCAGCUGUUCGUGGACGCCAGCGCGCCCGUGGACUCUGAGUUAAUCCGGCAGCUGGUGAACGAGGUUCUGGCUGAGACCAUCGCCCUGAUGCUGGGCCAGAGAGACCCACUGGGCGCAGGACCAGACCCGGCGCUGGAACCAGCAGGACCAGCAGCCCCUCAGGAGAACGAACCGCUCCCAUUGGUCCCCACACCGGAACCAACCCCACCGCCCAGCCCGGCCCCGCCCAGCAGAGAGACUACAGCAGUAACCACACCCCCUCCAUCAGAACCGACAAGCCCGCUGAAUAUGGAGCCUCCUCAACCAAUUGCACCACCAGGUCUUUUGGUGACCUCAGAGCUCGUAGCCACACCCACUCUUAGCCCAGAGCCCACCCCCUCUGCAGAAAGCCCAGCUACUGUACACCAAGCCCCGCCUCCCUUCACCUGGGAAGAAACUGAGCUUCCAUUGGAUGAGGAGAGACUGGUGGAAGACAUAACCACACACAAACCACCUCUGUUGAUGUCAGUAGCAGAGGAGGAACCUCCUCUCUCUUCUCCUCACCCUCCUCCUCCCUCCCUCCCCCCUGCUCGCUCCCCGUCUCCUCCUCCUGAGGCAGGACCGGCGUCCCCCUCCACCUCCUCCGAGGAGUCCAGCAGCUCCAGCACGGUGACGGCUGGCACUGAAGCAGCUCUGAAACACAUCUCAGAGGGAGAGCUGCUCAUCAGUGCCAACCAGCUGGCAGCCAUGACAGGGGGCGGGGCUGUGUGCAGCUUCAACAGCUCUCUGCAGGAGCUGCAGGAUAUGGACUUUGACCCCCCCAGUGAAGGACAGGUGAAAGGUCGCGAACUCCUGCGCGCCCUGCUGACCAAAAUGGAGCAGGGAGUCACACAGAGAGGAGAGAAGCCUCAGCCCGAGGGCUCCUGGGGGAGGGCGGAUGGGAAAGUAAGCUCCACCCACAGCAGUCAGUCCAGCUCACCUGGACAGAUCAGUCAGGCUGCAGAUGUGUCAGAGGUCAGCUUUGAAGCCACCAAUCAGGGCUUGUUUACUUUGGGCGACCUGACAGGGGAGCUAAUAGGUACACUGACCUCUGACCUCGACACAGAGCUGUCACUGUCUCCUCCUCCACACCUGGAGAACACACACACUCCAGGACAGGUGCUGCUGGUCAGGAAGUCCGACAGUCACACAGCUCGACAGCAGGAGGAGGAGGGAGGAAGCAGGAAGAUGGGCGUCCACCUGCCCGCCGUAAGACCUCCGGAGGAGGAGGUGGUGAUGGAGGCGUCGGUCAGUGCGGCGGAAGACUCAGAUUCCUCCACCAGCAAUGUUUUUUAAAAAGAAUAUUUGUAUAUUUUAACUCAUUUCAACUAAAUAAAGUCUGAUGGAA